AUGUCCGCCCAACCGUCCGGCAAUCCGGACAACAGUCUGGCCGACAUGUUCAUGGACUGCAACCUGGUGGACGAGAAUGAGGAUCCGGAAGGCUAUGGCCCGGCUGUCUGCCAAGUCAAUACAACCGACUACCAGUCCCAACUGGUUCAUUUCAUGUCACCGUGCAAGGUGCCCCAAAACCAAAUCCAAACCGAAAGCGAAACCCAAACCCAGACGGAGUCCAACGACAGUGUAUCACUUGUGGACGCCGACAUCAGCAUCAGCAACAGCGGCAGCAGCUACAGCGUUAUUUCCGUGUCCUCUGGGUUGACCAAUGAGUCGGUGGUCAGCUGCCUGCAUUCGUCGCAGUACAACUCACCCGACGAGGACGUCACCAUCGAGGAGACCACCGACAGCGAGCUUGGCCUGGAUUUGGACACCCAGAUUGCCGUCGGCACCGACAUGGACACGCCGAAGCUCUCGCUGAAGCGCCAUUCCCCGGAUCCCGGGGACCACGAGCUGGAGAUCAAAAAAUUUCACCGAAACCUGGAUGAGAUGGCCAGCACCUCGAAUCGCUCGGUGGUGACGCGCAGCGGUCGAGCGGUGAUCGCUCGCAUGAACCAGGAGUUCGACUACUCGUCCAAGGACGACGGCGAGGGGGAGUCCGACGAUCCGGAGUUCCUGGAGACCGAAGACGAGGAUUACGAGCAGGCCCUGGGCUUCGUGCAGCCCAAGUGGCCGCCGGCACGCAAGCGACGCAGUCUGGGCAACAGCAGCAGCAGUGCCUGCAGCACCGAUGGCAGCCACUCCUCGCCGGAGGCAGUGCCUCCGCUGGUCUACCUCGAAUUGGGCGGCCCCAUCGCCGUUGUUCAGUACGAGCCGCAGUCGAAUGUCGUCCUAGAGGAGGAUGGGGAGCUCAAGACGAAGGUGCACAAGUUUCUGGGCCUCAUGGCGCCGCGUCGCAAGCUCUACAAUCCGUCGAACUACUGCGAUCUGGAGAAGGAGCAGGAGCAGGAGCAGUAUGAGUCGACUCUAUCGCUCAGUCGUCUGUUGAAUGCAAGCCCAGUCACGCCCACUAAGCCAAAGCCCAGUCCGUCGUCCAAGCUUCUUUCCCAGACGCCCUCAACGCCCACGGCAUCCUGGUCCAGCUUGAAUCUAUCGCAUCUACGCCCGCCCACGCUGGAGGAGCGCCAGGCGAAGAUGUACGACGACCUGGUGCUGCAGGCCAAUGCCAAUUCGUUCGAGGAGCAGACGCCCGAUGUUCUCAAGGAGCCAAUCGAUCUGAGCGAGCUGCCGAGCUCGAAGCAAGUGGCCGCCAUUUGCCGGCGGCACAAGAGGAGCAUCGCCUGCCUGGAGCAGCAUCCGCUCUUCUACAGAUUCGUCGAGUCGCUGAGCCCCUCAACAUCGAUCAACAUGUGCCAUCCGCUGGCGCUGACCUACCGCGAGAGCAGCUUCGACAGCUGCAAGGUGGCGCUGGCCAAGAUGCUCUUCAAUAUCUUCAAUCACGCCAUCUUCCACUGCGGCCUCGUGGCGCCCAUCGUCUGGCGUCGCGGCAUGAGCACGCCCUGCAAGAGCGAACUGGAUGUGGCGGCCAACGGGAAGCGCACCGCCCGCCUUCUCCUGUGGGAGAACAUCAGCCAGCCGGGGAUGCUCAUCAAGCCGCUGCUGCACGAGAUGUGCCAUGUGGCGGCCUUCGUUUUCAACCGGGAGACGGGACAUGGCGAGAAUUGCAGCCGGUGGGUCUACCAGGCGAAGAGCAGGAUGCCCGAGCUGCCGGCGAUCGAGAGCUGCGAUGCCACCUUCAAGUACACCUGCACCAUGUGCGCCCGCUGCUCCUACGGCAGGAUCGACUUCGAGAAGGACCGCCUGCGCUGCCACUACUGCCAGUUCGAGGUGGGCGUGAAGCCAUUCCGCAAGAGCGACAUCAACAACGGCACCCGUCCGGAUCCCACGAUAACCCCCUUCAAGUCCUUCGUGAGGGAGAAGUACUUGGAGCUGGGCGAGGAGGGAGGCGACUCGCACAGCUCUAGGAUGACACUACUUAACGAGGAGUUUAGCAAGAUGAACGCUCCAAGCGGUUAAAGUUAGCUUUGUUUAGCGUUUAGAAUUAGUUUAUAUUUUUUUGAUGUUAACCACUAAUUCACAAACUAUUUAAUGGCGAAUGAAUACUAACUAAGGUCCCCAUACGAAUGCAGGCGGCUAUGUGAAAUAAACUGUGACUUAUUUAAUAACAAA